AAAAGUUUUCCGGCCAGGGAGAUCCUCGUGUAGUAGACGAAUGGGUUCAGGGUCUCGAGAUUAUUUUCGAGGUCAUGAACUGCCCCGAUCGUUUUCGCAUGUUAUGUGCCCAGAUCCAGCUGACCGGUGAUGCCAGACUCUGGUGGCAAGCCUAUUGGAGUAUGCGUCCCGGUGAAAAAGACGGUUGUACGUGGGACCAGUUCAAGGAGUUGAUCCGAGAAAAGUAUUAUCCCUCGUAUUUCCGAGCAGACAUGGAGCGCCAGUUCUUGGCACUCACUCAGGGUACUCGUACUGUUGACGAGUACGAACGAGAGUUCAUCUGUCUCGGAGCCUUUGUACCAGAUCUUGUAGGUACGGAAGCAAAGAGAGCCCACUGCUUCACCGACGGACUUCGCCCAGCAGUCCGCCACAACAUCGUAGGCCACGGCGUCCAGACCUAUGCCCGCGCAGUUGCCAUUGCACAGGAAGUCGAUGCCAGUAUCCGACGUGAAGCCAUCCAGACACCAGCCCAGCCAGUUGCUCAGCCAUCAGCCCAGCCUAAAGUAGCCCAACCAUCAACAAACCAGAAGAAGAGGAAGCUCAGAGGGAGUUCAGAUAACCGGAGGACCCGUCCCAGACAAUAUCCAAAAUGCCCAACCUGCGGGAAACACCACCGUGGAGAAUGCCUCGUGGGCCAGAAUGUUUGUUUCUUUUGUCGUCAGCUAGGUCACUUCAGCAACAACUGUCCAGAACGACUGCAACAACAACCACAACAACGUCAACAGCCACAGCAACCUCAACAACAGCAACUUCAGCAACAACAGCCCAGACAGAAACCACCACGACCACAGCAACAGCAACGCGGCAGACAGCAGGCUCGCGUUUUUGCAGUUUACCAGAGGGAGGCCGACCAGCAUCCAGGUACCAUGUCCGGGAUGAUUAUUAUUAAUGAUGUGCCUGUCUAUGCCUUGUUUGAUACCGGAGCGACCCACUCUUUUAUAUCACGUCGAUGUCUCGAUGCUAUUGGGGUUCGUUCCACUACUGUUGUCGAUCCUCUCGAGGUGAGUUUAGCCUCGAGAAGAAAGAUAGUGACUGACGCUAGAGCCACCGAUCUCAGCCUUUCCAUUGGCGGCCGUAUUCUGCUUACUGAUACUUAUGUCAUCGAGAUGAGGGACUUUGACCUCAUACUCGAUAUGGAUUGGCUAACUCGAUUCCAUGCAGAUAUUCGAUGUUAUGACCGGGAGAUUACUCUUUAUCUUCCGGGAGAUGAUCAGAUCACUUAUUACGGCUCCAAGACUCGUACUCUGCCACAUAUUAUUUCUAUGGCGAAAGCCAGAAAGAUUCUUCGACGAGGUAAUUGCCAGGGUUAUUUUGUGAGCCUCGUUGGAGAUGAGUCGAAGGCACGUUCACCUCAUGAUAUGCCUAUCGUUCGUGAGUUUAUGGACGUGUUUCCAGACCAACUUCCCGGUGGUCCGCCUUGCCGACAGGUGGAGUUUUCUAUUGAUCUUAUCCCUGGAGCCGGACCCGUUUCAAAGGCACCGUACAGAAUGGCGCCUAAGGAAUUGCAGGAAUUAAAAACCCAAAUUCAAGAGUUGCUGAAUCUCGGUUUUAUACGACCGAGCGUUUCUCCUUGGGGAGCACCAGUCCUUUUUGUCAAGAAGAAGGAUGGAUCUAUGCGUAUGUGUAUCGACUACCGGGAUCUUAACCGGUUGACGAUCAAGAAUAAAUAUCCACUUCCCAGGAUCGAUGACUUAUUUUAUCAGUUGAGGGGUGCCUGCGUGUUUUCUAAGAUUGAUUUGCGUUCAGGCUAUCAUCAAUUGAAAAUCAAGGAGUCAGACAUACCCAAGACAGCUUUUCGUACGAGAUACGGUCACUUCGAGUUCGUGGUUAUGCCGUUUGGCCUCAGUAAUGCCGCGACAGUAUUCAUGGACUUGAUGAACCGUGUAUUUCAUCCUUUUCUCGACCAGUUCGUUAUUGUUUUUAUCGAUGAUAUUCUUAUAUAUUCCAAGAGCCAGGAGGAGCACGGGGAGCAUCUGAGGGCCGUUCUUUCGACCCUUAGACGAGAAAAGUUAUAUGCAAAGUUCUCCAAGUGCGAAUUUUGGCUUCAACGAGUGGCUUUUCUUGGCCACAUUAUUACUUCAGCAGGUAUUGAAGUUGAUCCUUCCAAAAUAGCUGCAGUCCAGAAUUGGUCAGCACCAAAGAAUCCGUCCGAGGUUCGUAGUUUCCUCGGUCUUGCAGGUUAUUAUCGUCGAUUUAUCGAGGGGUUCUCGAAGAUUGCACUCCCUUUGUCUCAGCUGACAUGGAAGUCUGUAAAGUUCGAAUGGACAGACCGUUGUGAGUCAAGUUUUCAAGAGCUGAAAAGGAGGCUUACGACGGCACCGGUGUUGACUAUACCCGAUCCUUCCCGAAGCUUCACCAUCUAUAGUGAUGCUUCGAGGCAGGGUUUGGGAUGUGUACUUAUGCAAGACGGCCAGGUC